GUUCCACACACCAUGGUUCCUAGGGCAGUGGAGCAGGGGGUAACUUGAGGUUAAACACCAAACAAUGGUAUUGUUUCUACUAAACUUAAGGGAACCAGACCACCGCAGCACGCUUCAGUGUCUGGAUUCCACACACAGGGGCCUAGGGGGUGUGGGAGAAGAGUGCAGCUUCUGCACUGGUCUACAUACAGAGACAGAGGAGAUGGUUUAAGCCAUAGUGGUUGUGUCCGUCCAACCCCGCAUCCCCUGCAGUCUUAUUGUUUUUAAACAGAUCAUGAACUACCUAUGGCUUCAGCCUGGGAAAGCAGAGUCCCUAAGAGCCAAGAAGUCAACACCAGUAGCAGAUGUCUUCCGCAAGAUCCACAGCAAAGUUAUAAACAAGCAGCCAUGCUGGAAUUUCCACAAGUGUAUCAACUAACACACAGUUAAGAUGAUGUGUGUAGUAUCUCCAACCAAGACAUUGCCACCUUCCUGAGCGGCUCCCUAGAUGGGGAAUUAGGACGGGAUGGGCACAACAUCACUUCACUGUGGUCCCUCACUUGCAACGCCACGUGUUGCCUGGGGAAGCGCAUUGGCUGCUGCUGGGAGUGGUGCGAGGAGCGCCAAGAGCUGGGAGUCCUGGUGCCGCAGAUCAGGUCUGACAACAACACCAUUGUCACCCCAAGUGCCAGGGGCUUGCUGGAGAGGACCCUGAAGGCCUCCAUCCACUCGCUGUAUGUGGAAACCCUGAAGCAUAAACAGGACCAGGGUAAAGCCUUUGAGUUGACCAGCAAGUGGGAUGCCAGCAACCACUUGCUUGCCUGGGGGCGGCUUCACCCGUUUCGCUGACUGGCAGUUCAUCCACUGCGUCCCACUCAACUGCGUCCCGCUCAAUGGAGCCAUCCGCCACAGGAACCAAGACAAGUGUUGCAGAAGUGUGGCUACUCCAACAAGACCCAGCCCCACGUCCUGUGCACCUGCAAACCCCACUCCAGAGCCUGGCAGCUGUGCUACAACACCAUCCAGAACCGCCCCGUGAAAGCCAUCGCACCACGCCUGGAGGAGAUCUCUGUGAACUGCACCAUCCCCAGUACUGACAGCCAGCUACGACCUGAUGUCAUCGUCACCGUCGAGGCCCAGAAAAAGAUCAUCCUUGUUGACAUCACGGUUUCCUUUGACAACAGGACCCCGGCAUUUUGGGAAGCCCAAGCUUAUAAACUAGAAAAUUACGCCCCCCUGGCUGACACCCUGAGAGCGAAGGGCUAGGAGGUGCAGAUGGACGCCCUGAUGGUUGGAACCCUGGGUGCCUGGGACCCCCGCAACGAGCGUGUGCUGCGGACCUGCGGGAUCGGUCAACACUACGCACGGCUCAUGGUCUCAGCCACCAUCCGAUGGUCCAGGGGCAUCUACAUCGAGCACAUCACCGGCCAACGACAGUACCAGGAGGCGUGAGCCAGAGUGACAUCGUUUUUCGACUAAGAGAAAGGGACCAAGAGACUUUCUCCGUUGGAUCGUAUGAACUGGAACCAUAAACUUCCUGAACAUGAAAUCUCACCAAAUGAGGGUCAAUCCAUCCUCAUCAUCGUAUCUACUCAUUAUACUCCACACCCGAACGUAGCCACUUUAUGAACUUCAUACUCUCAUAUCUCAAUGUCUGUACUUUGACCCAUCAACCUUUUACCUCCAGUCGGGGAUAUUGCAGAUUAUGUAUUCCUUAUGCCACCUGAUCUUAAAAGUGUAGGGUGGUGCAGUUCCUUUUGUGUUUGUUUUUUUUUUUAACUCAGUUUUGAGUUUGCUAGUAAAUUAUAUCAGCCUAUUUCAGAUCCUUGGAGACUGUGUCCUCUGUAUGCACAGAACAGUUAUACAACAGUCAGUGACAAUGCAGAUUUAUUUUACACUGCAGUACCGAUGUGUUUCACCCCACUUGAUACAGAGUAGGUACUGCCUACCUGACUUUUUGUCCAUGUUUUACUGGAUUCUUGUGCACCUUGUGACCCUCUUCCCAUCUGUUUUGAGAUGUAACUUCCUUCCACUUAACAAUGCAGGAAAGAUUAUCAUAUGAGAUGGAUCCUAGCAGACACUUUCUGCUCCCUCUGUGAUAUCAGAGUGCUGUGGAUGACUGUACAUCAUCAGCACCUUGGUUUUGAAUGCCAUAAAUCAAUGUUUUUCACCCAGUGGUUCAUCAUCCCCAGGGACUUCACAAAAGGCAACAAGGCUGGUAGUGAGAUAUUGAACAUUUCUAAAGCAAAGAAAAUCUCAUCCCUGCAGUCCCUGCACACCUGUGCCUUUCAAGCUAAAUGAUCAUUCAGAAGGGAUCACUGCAGAGGGAGCUACAAACAUGGCCCCCCAAACCAGCCCUACGGAGAAGUGCAGCUCAUCACUCUCUCACCCUGUCCACCUUAGGGAGAGGCGAGGGUUGUGGAGUCUCCCCGCCAGAGCAGGAACUUGCAAACGCAUGGGCUCAGCAGAAGGCUCUCGGUCCUCUGUCACUGUGGCCUGGACUACAAGUCCCAGGAUGCCAUGCGGUCUCCAAGAUGGCCGCGUCCCUGGGUGGCUGUGGCGCGAAUGUUUCGGACUCAGACAGCAGCAGCGCGGAGGACUUGGAGCGAUUUCGCGAGGCGGUCUGGGACCUGGCUGGGCAGCGGUCGGCGGUGGUUCGGCCGGAGCCCGGCAGCGGUUGCUUUGGGAAGGACAAAUUACUACCAGUUCAGCCUAGUCUCAGACAGAAGGUGAAUGACCAUGACAAAGAUGGCAACGAAUUACAGACCACACCAGAGUUCAGAGCACAUGUUGCAAAGAAACUGGGAACAAUGUUAGACAGCUACAUCACUGUAUUGGAGGAUUCAUCAGGUCCUGCACAGACUUCCAUGCAAACAGCUGACUCUGAAGAUGAUGGCUUUCGCCUAUUGUCUUCAUCUGUUCCAGGAGAUUGUGGGAAAUCCAAACCUCUGCUCUCAGCCAGGAGGCGACGACCUUCCAGUUCUAGGCUGUGCAAAGCCGUCAGGGUGCUGACAGGAGGGAGAGGUCCCCCAUGAGCAGAGAUCUGGGCAUGAGGAAGAAAGAAGAGCUGUGAAAAUGCCGUCUGCAACAGCUGGAGUAUGGUGAGCACUUUAAAGUUCCAAUCUGUGAUCAGUUUCCCACCCAGCUUCUGACAGUUUGGAAGGGACUUUAUUUAGCUGAGUAUAGUUUGUAUGCUGCCUCCGUGCUGAUUGAUUA